AUGAUAAAAUAUAUCUGCGGUAGCUAUGCGGUCAAUGAUCAUUGUUGGCUAAGUCGCUCGUGUUUGGUACUUGCUUCUGGUAAUUUGAUCAGAUUCUACGAGUACAAAGGCAUCGAAUGGUUAAAUACGCUUACACUUAAACCGCUCAGCUCUACUAUACUAAAAAUUUCAUACCAUCCCACAAAUGAUGACAAUGACACUGGUAUGUAUGCUGGAUAUUUAAUUAUUUCGGGUAUACAAACAAUCACAACAAUAUCAUUGAACGAUUAUGAAUUCAAUAAAUAUAAAUGUGAGUUUUGGUUAUUGAAUUUUAGGAAAGUUGGUGAAUUGGUGGUUAUAGGGAUGUCAGAUUUAUCUAUUUCCCUACUAAAAUUUCCAAAGUUACAAUUAAUUGGAUCAUUUCCAGGUAAAAAAUUUUGCCUAGCAACUUCACUUGCAAUUAACAUAUUUCCUAAUGAGGUGGAUCUAAUUUUUACAACAAUCAACUAUAUUAAACAAUUUACUUUGUCACUAAAUAACAUCGAUAUUGUGGAAGGUGGUUCUACUAAAAGCGUACAUAGGGGCAUUGUAUUUAGGAGUAAAUUCAUUUUCAAUGGUAAAUACCUUCUUACUGCCAGUGAAGAUAGGAGUGUUAUUAUUUGGUCUAAUCCAGAAUUGAAUGCCAAAGCGGUGUUAGACCAUCCGGGUAAAGUGUGGGAUUGUAUAGCCAUUGAAAGUUCAGGCAAACAAAUGAUCAUCACAUGUGAUUCCAGUGGGAAGAUUUAUUUUUGGGAUAUUGAAGGAAAAUUACUGCAAACACACUCUACAAGGGACCCAACGCCCAUAACAAAUUUAUCAACUUUUAAUGAGUGGGUUUCCUUUGGCUCACAGGAUGGCAAUUUGCGCAUAAAGAGUAUAGAUAAUCAGGUUAAAAUGGAUGAAUAUGAAAUAGCAGAUAGUGGUGACGAUUGGAUUAAAUGUAUUUGUAAUCACGAUGAAAUAAUGUAUAUAUUGACCAAUAAUGGCCAGGUUUACUCUAGAAUUGGUGAUAGAAUUAAGAAAUUGUCUGUGCCAAAAUAUAUCACUAGAAUAUCUAAAAAUAACGAUUUAGGUGGAGUUGCGGUUGGAAAGGUUUGGAGAAAGCUUUCAAAACUAAGGAGUGAUCUGAAUUCGUACAGAAAGAUCACAGAUAAUAUACCGAUAAAAUUGCUUAAUGAUAGAUUCAGGAAAACAGUGGACAAAUUUAAGGGCGUAAUAAUCAGGCUACAGCGAUCUUGUGAUGAAGAUUUGACGUAUGUUGCUGAGGAAGUUGAUUCCAUUGGUAAUGUAGCUUAUGCCGGUGAUGACGAGGAAAAAUUUACAAGUUUGAUUAUCGAGAAUGUUGAUAAAUUGGGCGGCAUAUUUAAAACUUUGGAAUAUCUAUGCCAAUUGACAAUGUUUAAUAAUCAUUCCAUAUUCAACAGUUAUUCAAACGGAGAGGAUUCAGUUGUAGAUUGGAACGAAGGAAGCGGAUUCGUAUCAUCUGUUAUAAGUGUUGGGUUUGACAGGAUUUUUGUUGGAGAUUUGUAUGGACAAAUACAUAUUUUUUCAAUAACAUACGAUGAUUCCGAUUGUACAGGAAUGGAUUAUAAGGCGUUCAAGUGUUUUCAACAUAGGGUUGGAAACAUCUACCUUCCCCCUAAGGUUAAGGGCGAUGAUAAGCAGGUUAUAUGCGUUGACAACUUGGGCAAUUUGGCCUGUAUUAAACUUGAUAAACUAGACUCUUAUGGGAAAUACGCAUAUGUAGAGUCAUUCAAAUUACCAUUUGUAAAACGCUAUGGUAAAUUAACAUCAGGACUUAUAUUAUCCACGAACCCAACAAUCGCAAUAUUAGGUGACGAAUUUGGUAACAUAUAUCACGGGGAAGUAUCAAAAAUGAGACGUAUAAAGGCACAUAAUGAAAAAAUUACCUGUAUAAACUGCCACAGAAGUAAUAUAUACACUAGCAGCACUGAUGGCAUCAUUUCUCAAUGGACCUUAGAACUCCAACAAAUAAACAGUAUGAAGAUCGAACAUUUACAACACAUAUACAGUAUAACAAUUGACAAUUGUAUGCAUGCUUUGGGGUUCAGGGGUACAACUGCAGUAUAUUAUAAUAUCGACGAUAAGGUUGAGUUAUGGAGCCACGAUUGUGGUGGGCCUAGGAGACCUUUGCAUUUGACAACUACCAACAACGGUAGCACGCUUGCCUAUGCAGUUGGAGGAGUCCUGAGAAUGUAUAUCUGUCAAGCUGAGGCUUAUUCGAUCAAUCCUUGGUUCCCUUAUGGAGACUUGUAUUCUGGUCUAUGGGCCAAUGGUGGAUCAGUAUCAGUGGAUAAACUGGUAGUCGGUGGCAGGGAUGGUUAUAUACGCUUGUUGUCCAUUCAAUCGCCACCGUGGGCCGAUGGAAGUCAUUUCUACAGUGGUGAUGACGACUGGGUUUCGAAGCAGGGGGGUCAAGUAAAGUACCUAGUGCCCCUGGCCUCUAGGCCAGUCAAGGUACAGAAGGCCGUGGCCUUUCCAUGUCCUAUUAGGUGUAUGUGUAGCAUGGAUGAAUUUAUUGCGGUAGGUGGUGCUGGUAUUAUUAAAUUAUACGAUCAGCAUCUAGUGGAACAGGCCUGCUCACUUAUAUCGGAUGGCACUGAAUUGUUACGUGUUAGGGUAAACGCUAUGGUACCUUUAAUUGGUAAUCAUGAGAUGCAGUUGAUAUGUGGGUUGUCAAAUUCUACAAUAAACGUGUAUAAAAUAUCCCAUUGCCCAGUUGUAAUGGAACUCGUAAAGAAGUUUACUUUGGAAUGCACGCCAUUAUCUCUUGUAUCAACAGUUACAGGUGUUAUUGUUGGCACCAGCAGGGGUUUUAUCAGAACCAUAAACUUUGUCGAUGGCAACAUCAACGACUAUACUGAAUAUGCGAUUAGAGUGCAUCAGAACGGUAUAAAUUGCAUUGCUAUAACUGGCAACUACAUAGUUACUUGUGGAGAUGAUGAACAGCUAAUUGUUACAGAUGCAAGCACUUUUUCGGUGAAAUUUGCAACACGACUUACCAAUUCUAUCAGAUGUAUUAGCUGUCAUGGUGGGUAUAUUUUUACCGCGGGCUGGGAUCUGGCACUCAAGGUAUGGGCGAUAAAUGGAGAUAGUUUGUUACAGUUAUGCCAAACAAGGUUGAUAAUGAGACCCAAAGCUAUUAUAUUGAGGGGUGAUUAUUCUGCGCCAGAAAUGUAUAUUCAUAUCGCAGUUUUAGGGCAUGGGGGUAGCUUUGAAUUGUUUGUCUUUUAUAUCCCAUCCAAUAAUUUUUAA